UGCCGCUGCUUACAACCGCUCUUGUCGAGCCGGGGGGCGGUGGAAGGGGAGUGGAUCCAGGGAAUCUGGCUAAUAGGCGCUUCUUCUCCGACAUCCUUAUCGUGCAGUGUCCAAACUUGAGGGAGAAUCCUGCGAUUAUAAAACACACCGAGAGAUCUCUGCGCUCUGCUGCUGCUGCUGCUGCUGCUGUUCACAACUUCUUUUCCCAAAUACAGGUUCCCCCCAGGACCUCAAAUCGUGGGAACUAUGUACUAUGCACUGUUUGUUUUUCUUUUUGAAGGUUAAAUGAUGUUGCAUAUGGCUUUUGCAGUAUUUUAGUCUACUUUUCUUCACAUUUUCCAGCGUGCAACAUCCUGCAUCUGCUAUCGCCCUGGCAACCAGACCUCCUUUCUGUCAUCCUCCUGCGCUUCACCCCUCACCAUCAGCAUCAGCCUGCGAGGAACAAAAGCCCGCUUUUUACGCUCGUCCUCCAAGUGGAAGCAGAUUCUUUUUUUUUCUUUUUUUUCUGACCCUUUUAAACCUCUUUUCUAAUUUGUUUAUUUUAAUUUUAAAAUAUAUAUAUAUAGUAAGGUUCAUGUGUCGGAGAGGUCGUUUCUCUCAGCACCAAAAUGCCUGUGAGACGCGGUCAUGUUGCGCUCCAGAACACCUACCUGGACACUAUCAUCAGGAAAUUCGACGAGCAAAAUCGCAAAUUUCUGAUCGCCAAUGCCCAGAUGAAGAACUGUGGAAUCAUCUACUGCAACGAGGGCUUCUGCCAGAUGUUUGGUUUCACCAGGGCGGAGAUCAUGCAGCAGCCAUGCACCUGCCAGUUCUUGGUGGGGCCUGGCACCAUGAAGAGCGCCCUGGCCCAGCUGGCACAGGCACUGCUCGGCUCUGAGGAGCGCAAGGUGGAGAUCCUGUACUACGCUAAGGAAGGGACCUGCAGACCCUGCCUGGUGGAUAUUGUGCCUGUGAAAAAUGAGGAGGGCAUUGUCAUCAUGUUCAUCCUCGACUUCCAGGAGUUAAUCGAUCCUUCGCUCAAAAAAUCAGGCCUCAGGCAGAGAGUAACCCAAGGAUGGAUUUACUGUCAGAAUCGCAGGCUGAAGAUGAGGCUGCCCGUGCUGCGGUCCAUGCGACGACCUUCACUUUCCAAAGAUCAGUUUGAAGGAGUCGUGGUGGACUACCUGCAGCCAAACAGCGAGGAGGUCCCUCUGAAAGAGUUUCGGAUCCCGUCCAAGGAGAGCUGCAUGCAGUCUGAGACAGAGGCUCUGAUAGAGCAGGACCUGGAUCCUCCCUCUCCUGCAGCCCAGUUGUCCGCCAAGCGAAGAUCCCUGCUGACGGACCGACUGGACCCCGGGAUCGGCUUCCCUCGGGGGACUUUACCUCGGAGCUGUUCCCAGGACAGCGUCCGCAGCCUCCGACGUGCCUCAUCACUGGACGACAUCGAUGGCAUCAGGGCAGAUUGGAACAGUCGACCUGGAGACCCCCGCGCUAACAGCAAUUUGAAGCCCAGCACUCUGAACUCAACGUCGGACUCGGAUUUGAUGAGACACCGGACCAUCGGCCGCAUCCCUCAGGUUACCCUCACCUUCAGCUCAGAUCGAAUGAGACCUCCUUCGCCCACAGAGAUCGAAAUCAUCGCACCGAGCAAGAUAAAAGACCGCACCCAGAACGUCACCGAGAAGGUCACUCAGGUCACACAGGUGUUGUCCCUUGGUGCUGACGUGCUGCCAGAGUACAAGCUCCAGGCCCCACGCAUCCAUAAAUGGACCAUCCUUCACUACAGCCCCUUCAAAGCGGUGUGGGACUGGGUCAUCCUGCUGCUGGUCAUCUACACCGCCGUCUUCACGCCAUACUCGGCCGCCUUCCUUCUCAACGAGGUGGAGGACGAGCGGAGGAGAACCUGCGGCUACACCUGCAACCCGCUCAACGUGGUGGACCUGGUGGUGGACGUCAUGUUCAUCGUGGACAUCCUCAUCAACUUCAGGACCACCUACGUCAACCAAAACGACGAGGUGGUCAGCCACCCGGGACACAUCGCGCAGCACUACUUCAAGGGCUGGUUCCUCAUCGACAUCGUGGCCGCCAUCCCCUUCGACCUGCUCAUAUUCCGCUCUGGGUCAGAGGAGCCUCAGACAACUACUCUGAUUGGAUUACUGAAGACAGCCAGGCUGCUGAGGUUGGUACGAGUGGCCAGGAAGUUGGACCGUUACUCAGAAUACGGAGCUGCUGUCCUUUUCCUCCUCAUGUGCACCUUCGCCCUCAUCGCUCAUUGGCUGGCCUGUAUCUGGUACGCCAUCGGCAACGUGGAGCGCACCAGCUCUGCGCGCAUAGGAGCCAUGAAGAUCGGCUGGCUGGACAACCUGGCUGAACAGAUCGGUAAACAGUACAACGACAGCGACGCAGCUUCAGGCCCCUCCAUCAAGGACAAGUACGUUACAGCCCUGUACUUCACCUUCAGCAGUCUGACCAGUGUGGGCUUUGGGAACGUCUCACCCAACACCAACCCAGAGAAGAUCUUCUCCAUCUGUGUCAUGCUCAUUGGCUCUCUGAUGUAUGCCAGUAUCUUCGGUAAUGUGUCAGCCAUUAUUCAGAGACUGUACUCAGGCACUGCCCGCUACCACACCCAGAUGCUGAGGGUCAAAGAGUUCAUACGGUUCCACCAGAUCCCCGGAGGCCUGAGACAGAGGCUGGAGGAGUACUUCCAACAUGCCUGGUCCUACACCAACGGCAUCGACAUGAACGCUGUUCUGAAGGGUUUCCCUGAGUGUCUGCAGGCUGACAUCUGCCUCCAUUUGAACCGCAGCUUGCUGCAGAACUGCAAAGCCUUUCGAGGUGCCAACAAAGGCUGCCUGCGGGCUUUAGCCAUGCGAUUCAAGACCACCCACGCCCCACCAGGUGACACUCUGGUCCACAGUGGGGACAUUCUCACCGCCCUCUACUUCAUUUCCAGAGGCUCCAUAGAGAUCCUCAGGGACGACGUGGUGGUGGCCAUACUGGGAAAGAAUGACAUCUUCGGUGAGCCCAUCAGUCUGUACGGAAGACCAGGGAAGUCCAGCGCUGACGUCAGGGCUUUGACCUACUGCGACCUUCACAAGAUCCUGAGAGACGACCUGCUGGAAGUGUUGGACAUGUAUCCCGACUUUUCGGACAUGUUCUGGAACAACUUGGAGAUCACCUUCAUCCUGAGAGAUGCAGAUAGAAUAAACCAGCCAACCCCGAGCAGGGACUCUGAAUGUGGCUACCGCCGGGCGAGGCAUCGGAGAAGCUCCCUGCGGCGUCGCAACCGGCCAGAUGGGAUGGACCGUGAGGACUCUUACCCCGAUCAGUCCUGUCCAAUGGCAAACCACCACCGGGCCACGAUGGCGGGAUCCCACUGGGAAGAUCUUUGCAGCAGCGCUAGUAUCUGUUCACAGUCGAGUGAUGAGGAGAUGAAGCCCAUGGGACACAGCAAAGGGGAGCUAUACCCCCCCGGAGGUGACACCAGAGACUACCCCCCAGCAGUGGUCAACAUCCUGCCUCACAGUGGACCCUCAGCUGGGAUGGGACCACCUGUUGACCUUGGAGGACCGCCAUUCUCAGCAGCAGCACCUAUCAGCAUGUCAGGCCUGUAUGGAUACUGGCCAGGCCGCAGAGCCAGCCAGUUCUCAGAGAGCCAGAGGCGGGCGUCAUCAGUGAGGGCCAGUUUCCACCCAUCACCGUGCGCUGAGGACCGGCCCAGCGAGCUGGAGUCCAGACUGGAGCUGCUGCAGUCCCAGUUAAACCGGCUGGAGACCCGUAUGACAGCAGAUAUCAACGUGAUCCUGCAGCUCCUCCAGAGGCAGAUGGCCCCGGUGCCUCCAGCCUACAGCGCCGUGUCCCCGAGCCCUCAUCCGCCUCACCCCACCACCUUGUACAGCACAGGAGCACCCACAAUUCAUACUGUCCCCCCAGUACAGCCAGCACAGAUCGACAGCACUGCCUCACUGCUACAGAGUCCAGACUCUGACUUCAAGCACAAAUCCAAGGACUCGCUGUCCAGCGGGAUCCACCUCACUGUGGCCUCUGAUGACACCAUGUCAAUGUCACCAGAGGCGGACCCACCACAUCUGCCCUCUGUGAACCUCACCCCUCCUCAGUUGUCAGUGGUCCAAGAGCCUCCUGGACUGUUAUGUGGCAGCCAGCGCUUCCCCUCCCUCCCUGAGCACCUGGAGACCUCCACAGAAAUGCAGGAGAUCCAGAGGCACGUCUCCGACCCUGUCUUGCCAGGCAGCUAGAAUACCAGUCACCACCACCCAAAAGCCUGGUGCUUUUGGACGGGACGGCCAUAUGUUACCAAGAUUGUUACUUCCUUCUCCCUCCCUUUAAAAUCUCCUCUGUCCCGUUCACGCCACCAAGGGUUCAGAGUGCCUCCUGUUUCUUACAGGCUCAACGGUGCCCUCACAGGCUGCUGUGGUUUUGUGCUCCAGCAUCCCUUCACCCCUGAGGUCCUGUGCAAUGAAGAGAUCACUCCAUCCAGCUGGGCGGGAAAAUUGUGAAAUUGUGAAACAUGAGUUGAGAGCAAGCACACAGACACAUACAUGCGUCAAGCAGUCGACUGUGUUUCCUCGAAGAGAGGUGAAACGCCAAGGACUACUAAUAUGUUUCACGUGUGAAGAAUUAUCUGCAUUCACUUUGUAUAAGAAUUGCACAUUUAGAGUGUAGAAAAAUUUUAAUCAUUUAUUUGGGACUGAAAUUAUUUUCAUAAUAUUAGAGAUGUAUUGGUUACAUUAAGAGCCAUACGUCAAGUAAAUGUCAUAACUAUGAGUGUAAAAAGUUAUAGAUUCCCUGUUGUUUUGGUGUAUGUUGAAAACAAAUAUCAAAAGGCAAACCGUAACUGUCUGGCACACUGAAGGAAGGCUGCUCAAGGUUCAUGGCAGUGUUGGGAAAAAAAAUGACAAGUGAAGUGUAAUUUUCAUCUCAUAUUUCAUGUUCUGACAUUUUGACAUGAAUCAACAGUGCUGGUUAAGUGUGAUAUUGGAUCAUGAGAAGGUAUUUACAACGUACACAAUCAAGCAGAGCAGAAAAACCUAAUAGUUUCUUGUACAUGAACACGUAGAUCUUAGAGUUUUGUUUUGAUCACGGCUGCUUUGCUUGGUUUCCCCCCUGUUUCUUUUUCUGUUCAAAUGUGUCAACUGUUUCUGUGGCAUGGUCACAUGGUUUCAUAAUGUACCAGAUGUGUUUAUUUGAAAGUGCCAACAUUAGGGGAGCUCUCCCGUUUCGUCUUGACUCACAGUGGGUAGGCUGUGACAUUUAAAACUGCUGAAGGUUGUGGAUUGUAACUGUCAGUCCCACACACAGACACAGAGACGACGUCUCGAGGCAUCCUACGUUAACAUGAUUUCACAGUUCCAACCAUGAGGUGAAUGUAAUGCCUUUUAAGCAUUUACAAUUAUAUAUAUAUAUAUAUAUAAUGUUUCUUGAAACACAAAUUCCUGUUAUUUAUCUAUUUUAGAUUAAAGACACUGCAGACUUACACUGGAAGUCCAAACUGGUUUUAUUUUCCAAAUGUUGACUCUUACACAACAUGUAAUGUAACAUAAAAUGUAAUGUCACAUAAAGUGCAGAGGAAACACUGAAGGACUGAUGGAUGACUGAGGAUGCAUUCAGUGACAGACCUGCAGAGUUAGACCAGGACUGGUUGUGAUGCCUGAAGCAGCAGCUGCAUUUAAUUCAAGUAGACAAACGAGCAUUCAUCACAUGGUGCAUUAUUUACUGAAGAUGUCAUAGAUGAGGUAAGUACUAGUCUGAGGUGCUAUACUUGUGUAUGUAAAUUUGAUGUUGAUGUUGUACAGGUAAAUACACUCACCAAGUACUUUA